AUGGAGCUCACCAUAUCCACACAUGAGAAAGUUUUUAUUGACUCUGUCAUUAGAAACACAUGGAAAGGAAAAUGGACAUCCCCGGGAGGUGAGGUGAAGGUCUUUACAACUAAAUAUCACAUAAUCAAAUGGACUGGGAGAAAUACGAGAAAGCCUGUGGUUAUGAAAGACGAUAGCAAACGAAGUGCGAGUAAAAAGCUGGAAAGACGAGUUACAUUGAGCGGAGACAGGGGCACCGAAGCAAAAGACCAGAAUGACAUGCAUCACUACGAAUUGGAUAAUGCGAAUAAAAACGAAAUCAUCGAUAACUUCCUAAUAGUUGAUGAAAGCCAAAGAAACGAAUUCAGUACGGAUCAACACCAAAACGAAUUAAGACGGUGUAGUUCUGAAAUAUCAACCCAGUGUGAUGCAGAUAUAAAACCAUGCCAUUGUACUGAAUUUGCCGAACAAUUCAAGCGCAUCGAGAGAGACAUUGAAAGUCUAAAAAACAGACUAGAAAUUGAUGAGGGAGAAGAAAUUGUGUUGGCCUGUAAUACUAGCACAUGUCUAAACGAAAAGGUUCAACUAAGAAAUAAUCUGGAAAGUGCUAACAGAAAAAUAAAAGGUUUAGAGACGAAAAUUGAGUUGCUUGUAUGUAAGAAAAGCCUGACGAUGGCAAUUAGAAUAAUCCAAGAAGACAAUAGCCAACAAAAUAACAAUAGCUGUAUUGAAAAACAAGAAAGCCCGUGGGUUAAAGUUCGAGAUAAACAACUUAAGAAAAAGAAGCGUAAACAUUGUGAGGCCAAGAAAUCGCCACAACAUGCUGCUGCAGAAUCGGAAGAAAAUUUGCCACAAAUAUCAGAAGAAACACAAACUGUUCAGCCUAACAACGUAUCAAAUGACCAAACGAGAGACAAACAAAAGAAUGACAACCCUGUCGGAACAAAAACCUACAAGAGCACUACGUCUACAGUGUCAGUUGUGGGUGACUCCAUGAUUAAACACAUUAAUGGAUAUAAAAUGUCAAAGGCAAACACUAAAGUCCAAGUCUCUUCUUUUGCCGGGUGUAAUAUGCAGGAUAUGACAGAUAUGGUAAACUUCAUUUGAACAAACAAGGAACAAGUUUAUUGGCAUGCAAUUUUAUAAACCAUAUAUAUAUAUAUAUAUAUAUAUAUAUAUAUCGUUUGUUAAUAAACGUUUGUUAUAAACCACAUAUAUAUCAUUUGUUUAUCAUACUGAUGUACAACCAAGAAUAGAUGAGAGAAACUCAACCAAUUUGGGCGAGUUAAAUGAGUCUAAUAAUAUCUCUAAUUUAACUUGUACAAAAAACACAAUACCAUCCCAUCGUAGUAUGGCAAUUGCAUGUUUAAAUAUAAAUAGCCUCAUUGCCCACAUAGAUGAAUUGCGAAUAUUUAUUAGCAAUGCAAAAAUUGAUAUACUAUGUGUAAAUGAAACCAAACUCAACCCUUCAAUCAAUGAUCGAGAGGUAUAUUUAGCUGGCUAUGAAAUUGUUAGAAGGGACCGAAAUGUAAAUGGACGCAAUGGGGGGCAUUUAUAUUAGGUCUAACAUAAACUACCAAGUUAGAGAUGAUUUGCAAUCUGCAACUCUUGAAAAUUUGGUAGUGGAGAUAAAAAAACGCGAUCUAAGUCUGUUUUAGUCAGUACUUGGUAUAGACCCCCUGACUCACCAAUGAGUCAAUUUAUUGAAUUUGAAAAAAUGAUUGGAUCAUUUGAUGCCAAAAACCUGGAGUAUUUUCUUUUGGGUGAUCUAAAUGUUGACCUUAUUUCAACAACUGCAUCACCAAUAAAAAAAAAUUAAAAGAGAUAUUAGAUAUUUACAGUAUUAAACAAUUGAUUAAUGAACCAACCAGAAUUACGUUAUCUAGAACCCUACACAUACACACAUACACAUACUUAUUUCCAGUUACAGAUAUAUUUACAUGAAUUUUCACUAGCCGCAAGUAGCCAAGCUAAUCGGGGCGGGUAG